AUGGUUACUUGUUCACGCUGCGGAGAGGCUGAAACGGCAGCACAUAUCUUCCUCCACUGCAGAUUCACGAAAAGAAUUUGGAAGGCUCUCCCUCUCAGACCUAUUGAUCUAGAUACCUUCAACUCCUUUGAACAAGCCAUUGCUAACUCAGGUAUGAUCUGCCUACCACCAUCAGGGGUGAAUGUUGAUCUAUUUCCUUGGUUGUGCUGGUGCAUCUGGUUAGCUAGGAACUCUUUGACCUUUGAAAAGCUUGACCUCUGCCCAGAAGAUAUCAUAUGCAAGACGCUACGACCAGCCAGAGAAUGGCAAGAUUCACAGCCUCCAAAGGUGGCCCAAGCCCCAAACCAGCGGAGACAAACCUCAGCUUCGGACCAGGACACAGUGAUAUGCUAUACUGAUGCAGCUUGGAAACCAUUAACCGGGGAUGCGGGCUUUGGCUGGAUCUUUCAGGACUCGACAGGGCAGACAAUCGGACAAGGAUCCUCGACAGAGCCCCAUGUGGCUUCAGCCCUUAUGGCAGAGGCCAUUGCAAUUCGUGAAGCCCUUCUACACGCAAGGACGCUCCACUACUCCAAAAUCUGCAUUCGCUCAGAUAAUCAGGUGCUUACUAAAGCGCUCAACUCGAAGCAACAUCCUGUGGAAAUCUACGGAUUAACACUCGACAUCGAGACUCUAUCAUCCCUAUUUUCUUCAAUGCAAUGUUCCUUUAUCUCUAGAUCUCUAAAUAUUUCGGCUGAUAAACUUGUAAAAUCAGCCUUGUGUAACUUCAACUCUGCUUUGCCUUAG